AUGCAGGGUUUCGGUCAACUUCUUAUGGAGGAAGCUGCCCGUAUCGCUUAUUUUGAGCACGGAUCCGACAAAAUUGUGGUUAUCUCAGGUGUUGGUACCAGAGACUAUUACAGGAAGCUAGGAUACGAACUGGAUGGUCCAUACAUGAGCAAAUCCUUGUCUGCUGAGAACUUCGAUUCCCGAGAGCUGGAAGGAUCAUAG